UCUUUUCCGAGGGACACGUGAAGGCGUCAUCGGUCACCUGACCCCAACUUCACGUCACGUGACCCAGGUUUCCAUCCUCGCCAUUUUGCAAUGUGGCGCCACAGAGGCCACUUUUGGACGAGGGCCGAAUAAAAGCCGCCAAAAGUAUUGGAGGAUUGCACGCGGUGAUGGAGGACAUCAACAAGGUCGCCGCCACCUCCACGCCGGCUGCGGGCCAGCAGGACGCCGGCCCUCCUCCGAGGUCGCAGCACAAACCGGCCGCCAACUCUCUCAUCCAAGUCAUCGAGAAGCUCAGUAGGAUUGUGGAGGAGCGACCUGACAAGAUUGUGGAGGAGCGAGCUGACAAGAUUGUGGAGGAGCGAGCUGACAAGAUUGUGGAGGAGCGAGCUGACAAGAUUGUGGAGGAGCGAGCUGACAAGAUGUCGCGGUGCAAGAAGGCGAAGGUGGACUUUGCGUGCUACCAGUGCAGUCUGUGUCCUUACAUGUCGUCCACGCUGGCGCUCCUCAAGCAGCACCUGAAGCAGCACGACAAGCAGCACCAGGACCUCAUCCUCAUGUGCUCGGAGUGCUGCUUCAGCUCCCCGGACCAGGCGCAGCUGGAGGAGCACAUCAGGAUGCACCUGGACCCCGCACACGCCAAGGACUCUGCGGCGUGGGAGCCCGUGGGCCCGGGCGGCGAGGAGAAGAAGUGGUACAGCUACGAGGACUACGGCUUGUACCGCUGCCUGAUCUGCAGCUACGUGUGCAGCCAGCAGCGCAUGCUCAAGACGCACGCCUGGAAGCACGCCGGCCUCCUCCACUGCUCCUACCCCGUCUUCGAGGAGGGGGCGGAGCCUCACACCAAGAGCGACACCGCCGCGCAGAAGCAAGUAGUCCUUCUCUCGCCGCUGGUCCAGGAGACCGUCCUGCACCAGCUCCCGCCGGCCUGCACGCUGCAGACAAGCGCUUCUCUUCCAGUCGCCGGCCAGCAGGAGCUUCUGACUCCGCCCGGCGGGACACCAGACCAGCACGCCGUGAAAGUGCUGACCCCCGACGAGCCCGUCAUGGCGGUGCACCUGACCACUGAGGCGGAGGCCGACACGUCUUCGGUGACGGACAGCCUGCUGUCGUCGGCGCAGAAGAUCAUCAACAACGACCCCAACAGCGCCGGACACAUGAACGUCAUCGUGGAGCGCUUGCCCUCGGCCGAGGACGCCAUCAUGGCUGCCAGUCCGCUGCUGCUCGCCCCCCAUGUGGAAGCUCCCAGGCCGGGGGAGGAGGAGGACCAUCCUGGCGAAGAAGAGCUCGGCGACCACAGACCCUCCUUAGUUCCAAGUAGUGACCCUCCCAGGGAUGAGAACGUUCCCCCGGCCGCCCGCAAGAGGACGCACUCGGAGUCGCUGCGUCUUCACUCCUUGGCGGCCGAGGUCCUGAUCGCCAUGCCCAUGAGGACCGCCGCCUCCACAACAGCCGGCGCCAGCCAAAAAGUGCAGGAGAUGUCCGCAGGUGGACUCCAGCCCUCAGAGGAAACAGAGACCAUGCUGGACACAGACCUUACCUGCAACGUGAAGGAGGCGGGGCUGGCGGAGGGCGACGACGAUAGUCCCGCCUCCAAAGCCGGCAUCAGCUUGUCUCUGCUUACCGUCAUCGAAAGACUGCGAGAGCGCUCGGACCAGAACGCCACCGACGAGGACAUCUUGAAGGAGCUUCAGGAUAACGCCCAAAUCCAUGGCGGCAGCGUGCCGGAUCAACUGGCGGCGCCGGCCGACGGAGGCUUGGUGGACUACAUCCCGGGUAGCGAGAGGCCGUACCGCUGCCGCCUGUGUCGCUACAGCAGCAACAACAAAGGGUACAUCAAGCAGCACCUGCGGGUGCACCGCCAACGCCGACCUUACCAGUGUCCCAUCUGUGAGCACGUGUCCUCGGACAGCCAGGACCUGCAGAGUCACAUGAUGCACCACUGCAAGACCAGGAUGUACCAGUGCCCGCACUGCCCUCAGGCCUUCCACUACAAGAGCCAGCUGAGAAGCCACGAGCGAGAGCAUCACAGCGAGUGUGACACGCCCACACUGACCACGCCCACACUGACCACGCCCACACUGAGGGUGGUGUCAGAAAGGGCGAGUGUGGUGGAAGAAUGUGAAGGUGAAGCAGACCAAGAUGCUUCACAGAAGAUGUACAGGUGUGACAAGUGUGACUACACCAGUGCCACCUACCUGGGUGUGAGGAACCAUCGCCGCAUACACAACACUGACAAACCUUACAGGUGCUGCAGCUGCGACUUUGCCACCAGCAACAUGAGUCACCUGAAGAGUCACAUGAAGACACACCCAGCGGAGCAGACGCUGGAUCAGUACAGGUGCUCGCUGUGCGGCUACAUGUGCAGCCACCCUCCCUCCCUCAAGUCGCACAUGUGGAAGCACGCAGGAGACAAGAACUACAACUACGAGCAGGUCAACAAGGCCAUCAACCAGGCCAUCUCUCAGAGCAGCAGAGCUCCUGUUCGGGUGUGCACGCUUCCGCCUCCUGUCCAGGUGUGCACUAUGCCGCCUCCUGUCCAGGUGUGCACUAUGCCGCCUCCUGUCCAGGUGUGCACACUUCCAGCUCCUGUCAAUGUGUGCACUAUGCAGGCUCCCAUCCAAGUGUGCACUCUGCAGGCUCCCGUCAAUGUGUGCACUCUGCAGGCUCCUGUCCAGGUGUGCACGCUGCAGGAGUCCAGUGCCAAGGAGCCAGACCACGGCGACCAAGGACAGGUGCAGCCGCAGCCCCGCCCCAACAUGGAGUACUGCGUCCUGCUCUUCUGCUGCUGCAUCUGCGGCUUGGAGUCUCCCAGCAAGGAGAGUCUGCUGGCACACAUGAAGGAGCACGAGGGCGACCUGGUCAACAUCAUCCUGAACAAGCAGCAGGAAGCAUGAAGCCGCUCUCACCUCAGACCUCACCUUUCCUGCCCUCAAACACCUGCUGCUCCUCAAGGACAAACCUCGACUUCUUCACACGCGCUCGCUUCUCUCUAGACCGCCUUCAGUCAAUAUCCACCAGUACUCACAAGUACCUCAGUCAAUAUCCACCAGUACUCACAAGUACCUCACUUUUCUUCAGGAACUCUUCCUAGAGUACUCACAAGACCAAGACCGUGUAGGACAAGGUAUGUCGCUGGUGAUGCCCAGGGAGGUACGUGGUGGAUGUUGUUACUUUUACACUUUUCUCUCCACACAUGAAGUUAGUCAACAAGGGAGUUCCUUGGCGGAGGUUUGCAGCCACGCCAUACCUCAAACCACAUAACUGUUGGGAGUGCAAGGCAGCUACUGUCAUAUUUAAUGUAUUUAAUUUUGCCAGAAUUCACCUUUUAUUUAUCCUCUGUGUCACCUGAACACAAUUGUUGUUGUUUCCUGUGGUUUUCGGAGGACUUCCUGUGGUUUUAGGAGGAUGUCUUGAGGAAAGUUGCCCCACAAUUGUGCCUGAUCAGGAACAUUUGAAUGCUUUUAUAGUCCAACUUGUAUCUUCUAUUUUUAUAUCUCCUCUUUUUAAGUCACUUUGUAGUCCAACGCCACUGAUGUCACCGACUCUGACAAUACAACUGUUAAGUCCUCACAAUAAAACUGUUAAGUCCUCACAAUAAAA